GUUUCUCUUCACUAGUCCAUAUCGAAAAAUUUUACCACUUGCUAUCGUGAGAGGCGGUCUAGUGAGAAAUAAAUUAAGAAUGGCUUCCUUGUGUAGACAAAUUGUACGCGGAAAUGCGAUUAGAAGUGUUAUGUUCUCUGCUGCCCGGCGAGGAUAUGCAGACAGAAUGAUGCCCGACCCACUUGAACAUGCCACCGGCAUCGAGCGCAAGGAGCUCAUGGCCAUGCAGGCCGGAAACGACGACCCCUUCAACAUGAAGGUGCUGAAGAAGGCUGCAGGCACUCGAGAGGACCCCACACUCGUGCCGUCCUUCUUUGAUGCCAGGAUCGUUGGAUGCAUAUGCGAAGAACACGCCACAGUCGUCACAUGGCUUUGGGUACACAAGGGGCACCCCCGUCGCUGCGAGUGCGGGCACUGGUACAAACUCAUCGAGAAGAAGCCCAUCUAAAUGCUAUUCCUACUAAGUGUAUUAAAGUAGUAACGUACAUCAUCGACGCAUCCACGCACAGCUAUGUCGUACGCAAUAAACGAUGCGCUAGUUUCAAAUUACCAAAUCGUUAAUCAACAUUAAAUAUUUAAGCAUACACCGUGUUUCAUUGACUGCCUCUGUUGGUCGUUGUAUUACAUAGUGUUAUGUAGUUGAAUAAACAACGAUUGUAAAUA